UUCCCUGUCUCCAGAACAAACGCCAUGAGCGCCAAACGGCAGGCCGACGUCGUGACCUGCCCCGUAUGCCAGCGCAGCGUGCCCGCGGCCGAGAUCAACCUCCAUCUCGACCUGCGGUGUCCUGGCCUGCCUGCGGCUGGCCCAUCCUCGCCACUGCAAGCAAGCGGCACGCAGAGGUCACUCGUGGAAACAUCGCAGCCCGAGACGCCGGCGACGCGCAACAAUGCCCCCAUGUUUCGCUCGCGACCAGCGUCGCAAAGCAACGGGAAAGCAGGCGUGAAGCGUCCAGCACCACCCGAUCCAGCAAGGGAAGAUAAGAAGCCGCGCAUCAACGCGCUCAAGGCUGCCCAACCGCUUGCAGAACGAUCGCGGCCGACCUCUUUGUCGGAAUACGUUGGCCAAGGGGACCUUGUUGGGCCGGGGAGCCUAUUACGAGCACGCAUCGAGGCUGGUGAGGGUGUGGGAAGUUGCAUCUUAUGGGGUCCUCCGGGCAGCGGCAAGACAACUCUUGCGCGGCUUAUCGCACGUAACGCCAACGCCGACUUCCGAGAACUAUCAGCCACGAGCUCGGGGACGGCCGACGUGCGCCAGGUGUUCGAGCAGGCGAAGAACGGACUCUCGUUGACGGGACGAAAGACGAUUCUGAUGGUCGACGAAAUACACCGUUUUACACGCCCGCAGCAGGACCUGUUCCUCCCUUACGUUGAGAACGGGUGGGUGCAGCUCAUCGGUGCGACAACAGAGAACCCAUCGUUCAAGGUGAACGGGGCACUGCUCUCCCGCUGCCAAGUGUUCACGUUGGCCAAGCACACGCCCGAGGACCUGGAACAGAUCCUCAAUAACGCGCUCAAAGCCGUGCCCGAUCCACCACGGCUGCCGGCCGCACUUAUACCCUUUCUGUCAGAAGCAGCGGACGGUGACGCAAGGCAGGCGCUCAAUGGCUUCGAGCUCGCUCUGCAAGUCUGCGCUAUGCCCGUACAGACGACAUUAGACGAGGAAGCUGAUCUAGAAGCCGCAUCAGCCAAGCGCGACGGGCAGCUCAUGGAAGCUGUGCGCCGUGGACUGCGGAAGGGCUACAAUCGGAGUGGAGAUGAGCGUUACGACAUGAUAUCGGCUAUGCACAAGUCUAUCCGUGGGAGCGACGGUUCAGCUGCAAUGUACUGGCUCGCUCGCAUGUUGGAAGGCGGCGAAGAUCCGCUGUACAUCGCACGACGGCUCGUAGUGGUAGCAUCAGAGGACGUCGGUCUCGCGAACAAUGAGGCGCUGCCGCUUGCCAUCGCCGCAUAUCAGGCGUGCCAGUUCAUCGGGAUGCCUGAGUGUCGGAUCAACCUUGCGCACCUAGUCGCGUACCUCAGCGAGAGCCCCAAGUCCACCCGGUCGUACACCGCAUACAACCGAGCCGCACAACUUGCGCACCAGACGCCGCUCCCCCCAGUCCCGCUCCAGAUCUGCAAUGCCCCGACGAAGGUCAUGAAGCAGCUGGGCUACGGCCGGGACUACGCUUACAAUCCCAAUUACGCUCACCCAGUCACGAACGACUAUCUUCCGCGCGAGUUGCAAAAGAACUCGUCGCUCUUGCCGGCGCCAACAACACAGAGCAUCCUGCGCGUGCCCUCUGCUGAGGAGGAGGAUAAGAUGUGGGACGAGGGGAAGCUCAAGGAAUGGGAGUUAGACUGUAACGGCGGCGUGCCAUGGCCGGGGCGGGCAGUGAGGGACGCGAAGCUCAUGCGCGGCGAAAGCGUCCACCGGGACUCGCAAGAGAGGCGCGACGCCCCGCCUACUUCCCCCGAGGUGGAUAGGCGGCCAGUUAGCGAAUCAGUGAAGGAUGAGUAGAGGUUGUAUCACGCAUGUAACUCUACAGCAGCCG